CUGGCUUUCAGUGUGAGACGUAAUAAGCAACAACUCAGCCAUAUAGAUAAAAUCGUAAUAAAUACAGCCCAGGAUAUACAAAUAUAUAUUGGCAGAGGUAUUCGAUAACGUGCAACUACUGCAACUGAAACUAUAUCAUUGCUGUUCCAUUCGAUGAACAUUGCUUGAAAUAAUUGGUCGACAGCUGUACAAUUAUGGAAUUCUUCGAAAUAUUGUGCGGCAUUGCCGCUAUACUUCUCAUUGUAUAUUAUUAUUUUACCUUGAACUUUAAUUUUUGGAAAUCACGUGGCAUUUGUGGCCCAAAACCGAUACCAGGAUUCGGCAAUUUUGCAGAUGUUUUAUUUAUGAGAAAAUCUCUGCCUGAUUUUUUGAUGGAAUUGUACAACAACUACAAAGAUGAAUCCAUGAUUGGAAUAUUCAUUACCAGGAGACCCGUUCUUAUUGUAAAAGAUCCAGAUUUAAUUAAGGAUAUUCUUAUCAAAGAUUUUACCACAUUUGCUGAUAGAGGAUUUCCACGUCAUGAAAAGUUAGAUCCACUAUCGCAACAUCUUUUCGCUUUGGAGCCUAAAAGAUGGCGACCUUUAAGGACAAGAUUAUCACCUGUUUUUACAUCCGGUAAAUUAAAGGAGAUGUUUUCUUUAAUAUCACAGUGCUCCGAUCGACUUGAACAAUACAUCGAAACAUUAGCGACCAAAAACGAGCCUGUAGAAUGUCGCGAAUUGACGGCUAAGUAUACGACCGAUGUAAUAGGUACUUGCGCCUUCGGCAUCGAGAUGAACGCUUUGUCGGACGAAGACAGCGAAUUUCGCAUAAUGGGAAGAAUGGUCUUUAUGCCAACUUGGGAAAAUAUUCUGCGGGCGAGACUCAAACAAUUUCUGCCGUGGCUUUGCGAUAUUCUCAGUUACAUCAUACCACACACAAAAGUUAACAAAUUUUUUAUACGCAUUGUCACAGAGACCAUGGCAUAUAGAGAUGAGAAUAAUAUUGUUAGGCACGAUUUCAUUGAUACAUUGCGCGAAUUAAAAAAACAUCCAGAUAAAGUGAACAAUAUCGAUUUGACCGAGAGCUUCAUAGCUGCUCAAGCAUUUAUAUUUUUCGUUGCCGGAUUUGAAACUUCAUCGACGACCAUGAGUAACGCUCUUUACGAGUUGGCAUUAAAUCAGGAAAUACAAAACAAGCUACGUGAGGAAAUUAAUGAAGAACAUAUAAGAUGUAAUGGCAAUUUUACAUAUGAGAACAUUAAAAAAAUUAAUUAUUUGGAUAAAGUUUUUAAAGAGACUUUACGAAAAUAUCCGCCGGUAUCACAGCUUACAAGAAAAACAUCGUCGAAUUAUACUUUUGAUGGUACCAAAGUUAAUAUACCAAAAGAUCAGGAAAUAUGGAUUCCCAUUUAUUCGAUUCAACGAGAUCCUGAUAUUUAUCCGGAGCCAGAUGUGUUUGAUGCAGAAAGAUUUAAUGAUGAAGUUGUACAAACCAGACAUUCGAUGUUUUAUCUACCUUUCGGUGACGGACCAAGAAAUUGUAUUGGUGCCCGCUUCGCUGUUCAUCAGACAAAAAUUGGGCUUAUAAAGAUAUUGCGAAACUAUAAAGUCGAAACUUGCGAAAAAACAUCAAUACCAUAUGUAAACGAUUCUAGGACAUUCAUAUUAACACCAUUAGGUGGAAUAUAUUUGAAAAUGAUUAAAAUUGAUCGAUCUUAGUUUACGCUCGGUUUUUUCUUUUUUUUUUUUCAAGAAAUGUGCGUUAAAAAAAUGAAGAAAAUAUUUAGAAAUUAGAAUAAUAAUGACUUUCACUAUACUUCAAUAAAAUUAUUAUUAUUUUAUUGAUAUCUUUGCUUAAAGUACUUUGUAACAAUAUUAAUUUAUAAAUAAUUCGGAUUAAUUAUCUUAAAUUCAUUGUAACAUAUAUGAUAAAAAGAUUGCUUUUAAUAUUUUUUUUCUGCCGAGUCAAUGAGAACGUGUAAAAAUAAAGAAUAAGCAACAUAUACAGUUUACAAUUUUCCGAAAAUAUUUUUAGCAUUGUUAAAUAAUGUAUAUAAACAUUAUUCUUGUAUAUCUAGCUAUUAUCUAUUCUAGCUACUAUCUAUUCCAUUGUCUGAAAUAGAAUCACAAAGUGCUUAUGUAAUAUUUGUAGUCCGAGAAGUCGAUAAGAUUUUUAGAUUUUAUUCGUUCUCCAUUGAAGUGUAAUGAAACAUAUUGUCUGCGAAAAUGUAUAUUUAAAUAAUAUAUUGCGAGAUACAUUUC